AUGGACGUGAUUGUCAAGGCCAAGGGCGCUACGUCGGCGUCAGACUGGCGCCGAACAAAUAUUGAAGUUUACGCGCCUCUGAAGAAUUGGAUGCUUGACCCUUUAACGGCCGUGCUGAUGCGCCCCGUCUUGUUAAGACCUCAUCCAUCUUGGAAGACUCUGAUGGCUCUUAUUCUGGACCCUAUCGUUGGCACUGUUUGCUUUCUUUGGCCCUGUCGCUUGCUGUCAACGAUACCAACAACCCCUGCCUUUCACUCAAGCAACUGCAAGUUUGCCGACCUAGUCAGCGAUACAACUCUGGACGCCAGUCUUAUUGAGCCUCUCACAAGCGGCCAAGUGGACGAUGUGGCAGGAGGCAUGCGACUGGCUGCAUCCCCAUAUGCAGCCAACCUUAGGCCGUCAUUUAGGGGCCAUCAUCUUGGGUUCCAGGAAAUCCAAGACACCCCCGCUGCCAAAACGAGAAAGACACCAGCUUCCAGACCGAACUUCUCAGCGAACCCAUCUCCCACGAGGCAAUUACCUACGCGUCUCGUACGCUAUCCCAAUAGCAACACCACCCCUAGGCAUUGGGGGUUAACUGCGGCGCACGAUUGGCCGUCGUUUGCCUCCCUUGAAUCUCUCCAUCUCAAGUUAAGGCAGGAUGAGCGUCCAGAAGGGCGCAUCGGGGUGCUACCCAGACGUCUCGGCGUCUCUGUCUGCUUAUUCACUCAACUCUUCGCAGCCAUGGAUCCAUUAGGGCAGGAUCCGGGCUUUCCAGGCAAGCCCGUGUGUACAAAUACUUCAUGGAGCACUCCCCAUUGA